GUCAAUGUUUCCUGUUUUAGGUGAGGAUGUGGUCGCCGACCGCGUCAAACUCAAAGAAGAGAGACAACAUUACUGAGAUGGAAGUCUCCUCACUCUGCCUAAUGCUGUCUGCGACGCUGGUCGUCACGCCCGACCGAUCCCAGUUCUUCCAGUAUGAAUCCAUCAAUCUGAAUUGCGAAGCAAACUCCACUGGCUGGAGCGUCAAGAGAAACACUUCCCGGAAGAUUUCUGAGGUUUGCACGCAUGGCUGGGGCGAACCGGGUAAUUCCUCGUGCCUGAUCGAGGCCGCCUACCCCACGGACGCUGGGGUGUACUGGUGCGAGUCUCCGGAGGGCAGAUGCAGCAACUCCGUCAACAUCUCAGUGAAUACUGUCGGUGUGAUCUUGGAGAUUCCGACGCUUCCUGUGACGACGGGAGAUGAAGUGGCGCUUCGUUGUAUCUUCAAGGAAAAAGGCGUUAAACCCACAUCUAAUUUCUCGGCGGCGUUCUACAAAAACACUGUGUUUAUCGGCGACCAUCCUGCAGGGAAGCUGAUCUUUCAAGCAGUGUCCAAAUCCGAUGAAGGUUUCUACGGGUGUGGACAUCCCAAGAAUGCAAAAUCCCAGCAGAGCUGGCUCGCAGUGACAGAUCAGCCUAGAGUUGUCUGUACGCCUCCUCCUCCUCUCAUGUCUCUGUCCAGGCUGCUGUGCUCCAUCCUGAUAUUCCAUACCUUCACCGUAAUAUUCAUAGUGUGUAUUUACAUCUACCAAAGCUCGAGCUAAUGCUUAAAAGAGAGCAAUAUAGAAGAAGAAGAAGAAGAAGAAGAAGAAGAAGAAGAAGAAGAAGAAGAAGAACAACAAAAAAGAGUUUUUAUAUUUAAAAUGUAUUUUUUUAAUUGAUAAUGAUUUAUCUUCAUCGCUACAACUCCAUGCUUUUUUAUAAUAAUCCUUGCAGCAACAAAUAAUGUAAACAUUUUAAUCAAAUCUGCUCUGAAUCUGUUCAAAAAUGUAAUACAAUUCAGAUAAUAUCAUCACUUGAUAAGUAUAAUGAAAUAAAUGAUAUUGUAAUAGCAUUUUUACAGAUAUAUAUCUAUAUAUUAUUAUUAUUUGUGUAAUACAUGUAUUACCAAUAACUGCCCAGCAGAUGUCACCAUGGGGUUAUAUUAUUAAUCUGGGUUUUUUCUAAAGCCCUUGCCACACGAGGACGAUAACGGGCCACAAUCGUUAUCAAAAAGGUCUUCCAACAGGCACCAGAAACGUGUCCGUUCACACGAGACCGCUCGAAAUUGCUGGAGACGCUGUAGUACAUAUGC